GCAUCCUUUUUGAUUACAGGGAGAUCCAAAAGCCAUCAUGGGCCUCCUAAAGGCCAGUUGCUUAAAGCUGUUGGUUCUGCUGCCCCUCACCCUGUGUGGGAUUCAUCAAGCCUAUGCUGGGGACUGUAAGGGACGCCGUGAGGUGCUACGCAGCGCUUCUGGCUAUGUGACUGAUGGACCUGGCAAUUACUCGGUCAACGGCAACUGUGAAUGGCUGGUGGAGGCUCCCAGCAGCAGCUACCGCAUCCUCUUGACCUUCAUGUUCAUGGAUACGGAAUGCACCUAUGACUAUCUCUUCAUUUAUGAUGGAGAUUCUCCCAGCAGCCCUUUGCUGGCCAGCCUCAGUGGCAGCACUUUGCCCCCCACUAUUGAGGCCACCUCUGGCAAGAUGCUGUUACAUCUCUUCAGUGAUGCCAACUACAACCUGCUGGGCUUCAAUGCUACUUACACUGUCUCGCUAUGUCCAAUGGGCUGCUCAGGACAUGGGAUUUGUGAUAACGAUGGGCAUUGUGCCUGCUUCCAAGGCUGGGGUGGCAAGGACUGCUCAAUGCCUGACUGCACCACUUAUUGCCAGAAUCAUGGCACUUGUCACCAGGAGUCGCAGCAUUGCCAGUGUGAACCUGGAUUUGUGGGCCAGGCCUGUGACUUAGCCUUGAGUGACAACCAGGGAGCGGGGAAAUGGUACAACGUGAGCAUCCGAGAUCCCAGUUUCUGGCCCCGUACAGCAGCUGCUGGUGCUUUCCUACCCUCCACUGGAGGACUGUACAUCUUUGGAGGCUUGGAUCUAAACACUGCUUUGGGGGACCUUGUCUUCUAUAACUUCACCACCAACACUUGGCAUCAGAGAGUGCUUAGCCCCUCCCCAACUGCGCGUCACUCCCACACAGCCAUGGCCUGGGAAGGCUCCUUGGUUCUUUUUGGCGGAGAGUUGGCCACUGGAUUUCUGGCGAAUGAUGUCUGGAUGUAUCUGCCGCGGGAGGGGUGUUGGCAGGAGCUGGUGCCCCUUAACACCACAAGGUUUCCUCCACCUCCUGGGUUGGCUGGCCAUGCAUCUGCGGUGGUAGAUGAAUGGCUGUAUGUAUUUGGAGGGCGCACCGAGGUAGAUGUCUUCUCCUCCCGCAUGUACCGCUUCCAUCUGAGACAGUGGACCUGGGAGCUGGUGAUUCCUUCAGGGGGGAAAGCUCCAGCAGCAGCAGGCCAUUCCAUGGUCUUCCAUCCAGCCUCCCGUGCUCUCUUGGUUUAUGGUGGGCACCGGCCCUCCACUGCUCGAUUCAGCGUUCGAGUGAAUACGACCGACCUCUUCCAUGUGGACCUGCGCUACUGGACUACGUUGCGCGCCAAAGAUUCACACCGGGGGCCUCGAGAAAGGGCGUUCCACUCUGCCACAGUCAUUGGCAAUUACAUGGUUGUUUAUGGGGGCAACGUUCACAUCCAUUACCACGAAGAGAAAUGUUACGAGGACGAAAUAUUUUUCUACCACUUGGGUUGCCACCAGUGGGUCUCUAGUCACGAACUGGCACCCCUAAUCACUCAAGAGCACGAGUCAAAGACUUCAACCCAGGCACGUGGCCGAUAUUCCCACGUGGCCACUGUGAUGAAUGGAAAUGUGCUCCUUGUGGCAGGAGGCUAUAGCGGGGUGCCACGAGGCGACCUGCUGGCUUACAAAGUGCCCACGUUCGUCUUUCAGGUGCCGUCUCAGAUGUACCAUCUGGACUACUGCUCCAUUUACACAGAAAAAAGCACCUGUGCCAAGGACCCAGAAUGUGCCUGGUGUUCCCGAGGUUGCCAGAGCACUCAGCCCCACAACCUUUGCCCCAACACUGGCUGUCUGGGCCUGGCCCGCCUCUUAGUGGACUGCCAAUCAUGCCUGGCCUUUGGUGGCACCGAUGCUUCUCUACCCCGGGCUUCGGGACCCUUUGGCUGGUGUGUGCAAAAUGAGACCUGCAUGCCCCUCUCAGAACAGGGCAGGUGCCAAGUAGGGAAGAUUUCAGGAACUUAUGGCUGGUGGGGGCCACAGUCCUCCUUUAUCACCUCCUUGGGCCAAUGCCAGCGCGAAGAUUUCUUGCCCGGCCUUCAUCUCAUUACCUACCACCAGCCACGCAAUGACUCCCAGCCAGACAAGGUCUCCAUUGUCCGAAGCACCACUGUCACCCUUAAUCCCAGCACGGAGAUGGAUGUCUCGCUGGUCUACAAGGGAUUCAUUCACCCCCUGGUGAGCAGUUCUGGACCUGCUGAAGACAUCUCCAUUUGGGCACGCAUCCAGCGUCUCUUUGUAGUUGCUAAAUUAGCCCGAGUUCCUGGUGCAUCAGAGCUGGAGGAGGUGGGUAGUUGGGCAGUGCAUCAAGAAAAAGAAAAACGGUUACUCCAGCGUCCCGGGGCUGAACGCCUCUUUCCCAGCACCGAGAGAGGAAAUAAGUAUGCGGUGCUGGUUGAAGGCCACCUCAAUAACUCUGGCAAUGGACAAACCAGCGAAUUGACCCUCACGUGGGAUCGUACAGGAGUGCCAGGAGGCAGUGAAAUCUCCUAUUUUUUUCUGGAGCCCUAUCGAUCCGAGCUUUGUGCCACUUACCAUUCGUGUCUGGCUUGCCUGGCUGAUCAGGGCUGUGGGUGGUGCCCACUCAGCUCCUCCUGCCAUCGACGACUGGCCCAUCAGGAUGACACGGGGGGCUGCGGUGCUAGCAGUGUGCGCCUUAUCCUGGUCCCUGGCAACUGCAUCUUGUGCGAAGACUAUCGUGACUGCCACACAUGCAGUAAGGAUCCGUUCUGUGAGUGGCAAGUGAACAGCAGCAAAAAGGGAGAUUUCCUCUGCAGUCGCCGAGGCCGCCUUCCCAGCGCCAUCCGCUCUCCCAAGGAAUGCCCCACACUCUGCAAUCAGCGUACCACGUGCUCUGAGUGCCUCUCCAAUUCCAGCCAGUGUGCGUGGUGCCAGUCCACACAGAGCUGCUUCUUCUUUGCUGCCUACCUGGCUAAAUACCCCUAUGGGGAUUGCCGUGGGUGGUAUGACAGCGUUCACUCGGUGCCACAAUGCCUGGACUGCACGCGGUUCAACACCUGUCGUGAAUGUUUGCAAAACUUUGAAUGUGGCUGGUGUGGAAACUCAGACAACCCUACCUUGGGCAGGUGCCUUCCAGGGGACUUCUCAGGGCUCAGCCCCUUCUGGAACUGCUCAGUGGCUCUCUGGGAGUCCCACGGGCUGCCUCCCACCCACCCUGUGCAGUGGUCGUACGGGCAGUGUCCAGAUGUGGACGAAUGCCGCCUGGGCUUGGCCAACUGCCAUUCCUUUGCCAGGUGCAAGAACACGCCGGACUCCUUUCAGUGUCACUGCAACCGAGGUUAUGCAGGUGACGGGGUGGCUUUCUGCAACCAAACGUGCUAUGAUGAGUGUGCCCACGGAGAAUGCAGCGGGGCCCCCAACUUCACCUGCUUGUGUGACUUAGGCUGGACCACCGAGCUCGUCACAGGGGCUACCCCUCCACCCAGUGGGGUACAGUGCAACUUGGAUUGUGGGUGCCACUUCCACAGCAGCUGCAACACCAAGGGGCCUGGUUUUUGUGAUGAGUGCCAGAACUGGACUUACGGCGAACGCUGCCACCUUUGCCGGCCAGGCAGCUACGGGAACGCCACCACCCAAAGUGGCUGCCGCGCCUGUGCCUGCAAUGAGCACGGCCUGGAGGAGAUGGGCUAUUGCCACAGUUCCACGGGAGCCUGUUACUGCACCCCACCCACCGAAGGGCUGCACUGUGAGCGCUGUGCUCCCGGCUACUCUGGGGACCCCAGAAAUGGUGGCAUUUGCUAUCAGGAGUGUGCGGGGCGCACCUUGCUCCUCAACCUCUCUUCCUCUUCCUCCCUGAGCUCUCAGCGGGCUGGGGGGGCCCUCCCUAAUGGGCUCUCAUACUGCGUCUGGGUGUUGUCAACCGGUACUGACAUCCACCCCUGCCGGCCAGAGCAAAGCUGCCCAACAAUCACACUCACUAUUCAGCCAGACAGCCUUUGUAUGCAUAACUAUAUCUAUGUCUUUGAUGGAGUGCCUGACUUCCUGGACACGGGCCUGAUCCAGCUGGAUCGGACUCUAAUUGGGGCUUUCUGCGGCCAGGGCCGUCCCCAUCCUGUUACCGUUGAAGCAAUAUCAGGCCUCCUGGUCAUCUACUAUGAAGCCAACUCUAGUGAGGCUUCAGGCUUCAAUGCAACCUACACGGUGCACCGAUGCCGGCCCAGCUGCCACAUCCACCAGGAGUGCCAGGAGGGGCGCUGCGUCUGCAAGAAUGGCUACACAGGGCCCAGCUGCAAGUUCCAGGUCUGCCCAGGCAACUGUAGUGCUCACGCUGGGCAAGGAGUGUGCAACAGGAGACUGGGUCUGUGUGUCUGCAGUGAUGGCUUUGCUGGGGCUGAUUGCUCCAUCCCACUGGAUGCUGACAAGAUCAUUUGGGAAACUUUGAUUGACACCCGGUUGACCGCUGAUACAGCCAGCCGCUUCCUUCACCGUCUAGGCCACACCAUGGUGGAGGGUCCGGACACCACGCUGUGGAUGUUUGGAGGCAUGUCACUGCGAGAAGGAAUGCUAGGGAACGUGUACAGGUACUCCAUUGCUGAGCGCCGCUGGACUCAGAUGCUGGCAGGAACGGAGGACCGAGGGCCAGGGCCCAAUCCCCGGUACUUCCAUGCGGCUGCCUACAUAUCCUCAGGCAAGGCCAUGUACGUCCUUGGUGGGCUGACUGCAGAUGGAGUGGCCAGUGAUUUCUGGCUGCUCAACCUCACCACUUUGCAGUGGAGGCUUAUGCAGGACCCUCUGAUCCCAGCUGUAGCUGGCCACUCGCUCACGGCGCGGCGCGGCUCCUCCUUGCUCCUUAUUGGUGGCUACUCUCCUGAGAACGGCUUCAAUAAGAAAUUGCUGGAAUAUAACGUGGCAUCAGAGAGCUGGCAUGCCGGGAACCAGGCUGGGACACCCCCGACAGGUCUGUAUGGUCACUCAGCUGUGUACCAUGAGGGCACAGAUGCCAUCUAUGUCUUCGGUGGCCACCGCUUCCAUGUGGAGAUGGUUUCAGCUUCUCCUGAACUCUACAGCCUUUACUAUCCCAACUUGACCUGGAGCUUACUGGCCCCAUCUCAGGGACCCAAGCCUCUGGCUCAUUUCUUCCACGUGGCAGCCGUGCUGAAGGACACCAUGGUAGUAAUAGGAGGGCGCACAGAACGGGAGAAUUUCACCAACCACAUUUUCUUCUAUCAGCUUAAUUGCAAUACUUGGAUCCUGCCCAACAGCACAGCCGGUGCCGUGGUGGGGGAGCCCAUCACAGAGUCCAUUGCCCACGCCAUGGCUUCUGUGGGAGGCCACCUCUACCUCUCAGGGGGCUUCGGUGGGGUGGCCCUGGGGCGCAUGCUGGCCCUCUCGGUGCCUCUCGACCCUUGCCUUAUCUUCUCCAGCCCAGAAGCUUGCAACGGCUCGAAUGCCAGCUGUAUCUGGUGCCAUGCCAGCUGUCUCUCUGCUGAUGCGGCUGAAAGACAAAGCUGUUCCUUUGGUGGGACCUCCUGCUUCCCCACCCCAAGAUCUGCAGAUGAGUGUCGUCGGCUCAGAACUUGUAGCGAGUGCCUUGCCCAGCAUCCUCGCUCCAUGGCCCACAGCCUGGGUAUUCCUUCUUUACCGCAGUGUAAAUGGUGCACCAACUGCCCUGAGGGCGCGUGCAUUGGCAGCACUGGCAGCUGCACUUUGGAGAACGACUGCCGCAUCAAUCAGCGCGAGAUCUUCGUGGCCAGCAACUGCUCAGAGAUUUCGUGUGAGGCCUCCGACUGUGCCAAGUGCACGGCAUCCGGGAAGUGCAUGUGGACAAGGCAGUUCAAGCGCACUGGGGAGACCCGCCGCAUCCUCAGUGUGCAGCCCACCUACGACUGGACCUGCUUCAGCCACUCGCUCCUCAACGUCUCCCCGAUGCCCGUGGAGUCCUCGCCCCCCCUGGCCUGCCCCACGCCCUGCCACAACCACAGCACGUGCGGGGACUGCCUCAGUUCCAAGGGGGCUGAUGGGGGCUGGCAGCAGUGUGUCUGGAGCGUCAGCUUGCAGCAGUGUAUGAGCCCAACUUACUUGCCCAUGCGCUGCGCAGCUGGGAUGUGCGGCCGGGUGCUGAGCGGGUCGGAGAGCUGCACCCCAUCCUGCUCCCGUUUCCAGCAGUGCGCCCUUUGCAUCCAGCAGCCUCGGUGUGGCUGGUGCAGCUUCCGGGGAGAGAAUGGCAAAGGGCGUUGUCUGGAGGGGGGGCGGAGCGGUCCUCGCCACGGACUGGUGGAGUUGUGUGGCCUGAAAGCAGACUGGGCGUUCAUGUCGUGCCCGCCAGAAAAUGAAUGCCUGAACGGGCACCACGACUGCAACGAGACGCAAAACUGCAGUGACCUGCCCCAGAGCUACAAGUGCACCUGCAAGAACGGCUACACUCUGGACAACGUUACAGGGCUGUGCAAGCCGGUGUGCGAGCAAGGCUGUGUGAACGGGACCUGUGUGGAGCCCAAUGCAUGCCAGUGCCAUUUUGGCUACGUGGGUCAGAACUGCUCGGUGGAAUGCCAGUGCAACAAACACAGCAACUGUCGGGGCGUGGGGGCCCAAGACCAGUGCCUGCAGUGUUUCAACAACACCAUGGGACAACACUGCGAAAAAUGUCAGCCGCUCUUUGUUGGCUCAGCCCUAAACGGAGGCUCCUGCCGGCCCUGCCACGUUUUCUGCCGGGGAAACAGCAACAUGUGCAUCACGCAGGAAGAAUACAAGCGAGCCCAGCAGGAUCCGGUCCGGUUUCCCCUGGAGCCCGCCUUGAUCCCCACGUGGGUAGCGGAAGGGCCCGCCGAGGAUGCGGCUGUGUGCGUGAACUGCCAGAACAACAGCUUUGGGGACAAGUGUGAGAGCUGCCUCCACGGCUACUUCCUGCUGGAGGGGAAAUGCACCAAGUGCCAGUGUAACGGCCACGCCGACUAUUGCCAUGAACUGGAUGGGACAGGAUGCCCUUGCCAGAACAACACAGAGACAGGAGGCUGCCAGAACAGCGCCCAAGCUGACAAAAAGGACUGCUACAAGCAACAGUGCGCCAAGUGCCGUGAGUUCUUCCACGGGAAUCCAGUGGGGGGCCACCAGUGCUAUCGGCUGAUCAUCGUCGAUCAGGAGAGCUGCUUCGACCCAACGUCACAACUCAACUGCUUCCAUGAGCCGAACAUCAAGAACCUGCCUUUUGGGCGCUCCGUGUUUUUUGGAGUCCAGCCCAAGUUCACCAAUGUGGACAUCCGGAUCACCAUCGAUGUGACCUUUGGAGGAGUGGAUGUCUACAUCUCCACCUCCUACGAAACCUUUGUGGUGGAUGUUGAUCGGGCCACGGGCAUCCACGUGGUGCGAAUUGUCUCUCCGGGAGACGAAGUCGGGGGGCGCAGCGGCUUCAGUAAUGGAAGCCAGCCCUCCCCGCCGGUACGAGAGGCGCAGGCCCACGGCCUGAUCACCUACAUCACGGUGAGGGAGCAGCAGGCGGUGCUGAUCGUGCGAGGGGUCCGAGAUCGCGUGGUCAUCACGUACCCUCAUGAAAUCCAUGCCCUGAAAUCCAGCCGCUUUUACGUGGUCUUGCUGGGCAUCGGAGGCAGCAGCCCAAACGCCACCGAGUCCCAGGGCCUGCUCUUCUUCCGCCAAGACCAGGCCCACAUCGACCUCUUUGUCUUCUUCUCGGUCUUCUUCUCCUGUUUCUUCCUCUUCCUCUCCGUCUGUGUCCUGCUUUGGAAAGUCAAGCAGUUCCUGGACUUGAGACAUGAGCAGCGGCGCCACCUGCAGGAAAUGACCAAGAUGGCCAGCCGGCCCUUCGCCAAAGUGACUGUCUACUUUGAGCCGGACAGCCUGGGGGCGCCUGCCGAACUGGUCUUCCUCCCUGCCCGCCCCCACAAACUCCCAGCCCUGGCAGCUGCCCAGCCGCUGCCCAGCCGCUUGAAACCCUACCACGAGGUCCCCUACCCUGUGGCCCACUUCCGCCGCUCGGAGCCCUUCCUCUCGCAUCUCAUGGGGUACUCCUACUCCAGCUUUCGGGUGGGGCCGAUUACCCUGGAGCCUACGGACGAUGGCAUGGCCGGGGUGGCCACCGUCCUCUUCCAGCUGCCGGGCGGGCUGCAGGCCCCCAACCGGGCUUGCCUGGGCUCUGCACUCGUCACCCUGCGCCACAACCUCCAGGACUACUGUGGUGGCAGCCACGGCAUGAACAGCUCCCGCAAGGGCCUCUUUAGCCAUGAGAACCUCACCAGCAUGUCCCUGUGAGUUGGUGGGGAGCCCCGCUCUGCUUGGGGGGGAGGGGCUUCAGCAAUCCUCAUCUGCCUCGUGGAGGGGCAGCAAAGAUCAUGGAAUCGGCUGGCCAGUCUUCAGAACAGAUGUUUCUGCCAGGCAGAGCUCUGUUUCCAUCGGAGGGAAAAGCCUGAGAUGUGCCCUGGGGCUGGUGCCUGCCCUGCUCCCCUCCUCCUCGGAAGGGUCCUGGAGCCCCCCAGGAAUAAGCGGAUGGGGCAUGAAAAGCCUCCACGUGGCCCUCAGCCCAGCUCUUUUCUACGGCCGCAUUCACCCAACGUGCUCGACCGAGCGUGCAACACACUAAGCUUGGUUAGUGUUAAUUGAUAGAUCUUUUGUGUCAUGAUGUGUGUGAACCCAGCCCAUUUGUUUAGGUGACGUUUCCCUGUAUUGUGGAAACUCAGAAAAUGAAUCUGUUCAGUCAUUCAACUGAGUGUGUUGUGCGAGGGCAGCCUUAGAUCGAGCCCCAGGGCAAGCUUGUCAAAAGGUGGGUGCCGAGAUGAAGGAAGAAGGGCGUUUUGGCUUGAUUCCUCACAGUAUCGCUUUUCAAGCGCUAUGUAGAUUCUUGCCUUGAUUUUGGUACCUUACUUUCUACCUGGUUUUGCUGCAGCUUGGCUAGAACUAGCAGCCAUCCCAUCCCAUCCCAUCGAACAGGACAGACCCUGAAUGCCUUUAAGGUAGUUUGCUGAAAAUACUAGUCUUGGAUCAGAUUCUUCAGUUUGAGCAGGAGAAAACUUUGUUUGAAAGUAAUCAUGUUAGUCUGGGGUGGGGGAGCAGGAAUCUUCUCCCUAACAAGUCAGGGAAGUGCGUUCUGGGCAAGUCUUCGCCCCUGGCACGUGGUUUUUGUUCGAUGAAUGAGAUUUUGGGGCGAUAGGCAUCUCCCGCACAAAUUGGGGCUCAAGUGGUAGAGUCUCGAAGAAGCUGCCCCCUUGAUUCAUCUGAGAGAACCAGCCCUUUCGUUUUGCAUACCUCUUGAUCUUGAGCGGCUGCUUUGUCGCAACACAGGGCGAGCCAUCUGUGAUGGAAGUCUUUAAUGGAUGUGAGUGAAUGGAAAUCCGGGCGGAAGCGUUUAAUUCCAUGCAGCUGAACUGGUCAGAACGAGAGCUACUCUGCCUUUUUGUUUAAAGUUCCCACUGUCGCCUCUGUGCGUGUCCCGAUGUAUUGCCGAAAGCUGGGGAGGGGGGGGGGAGGAGGAGGAAGAAGAUUGGGGCGUGCUUCGGUUCUUAGCAAAGCCCUGCCUGAUGCAUCCGGCUGCAUUCCCUGUAUCAGCAUCGUCCUGUAUUUUAAGCCCUAUUCAGCUCAGCCAGAUGUUUGCUUCAGAUAUUUCUAGGAGGAUGUGAAAAUGUUGCCAUUCCUUCCAGGCGUGUAAGCUCCUCUUUCCUGGGGGCUUCAGGAAUGCCAAGAGAGGUUAACAUGGACUCUUCAUCUCUCGUGCCAUCUGGCAGAGGGCACAGGGGCAGCAACAGCAGGCGGCUACCCAGUCAUUGCACACGGUCCCCUUGGAAAGAAAGGGAAAAAAAGACUAGAUCAUCCAGUGCAACGUCUUCCGUCUAACUCAUGCUCUGUGGUUGCCUUCCCAAUUCCAAUACCUUCCCACAAUCUCUGAUUAAAAGUGAAAAAUAGCCUAUGUCC